CAUCACCACUCUCACUGUCGUCAAAUGGCAGCUUAUGUCAAUCUUCUCCUUCAGUUCAUCAACUUCACCUCCAAUGGAAACCCAUUUCUUUCUCCUCUUCCUCUCCCUCCUUCUUCCGUUUUUAUCCAAACCCGGUUCCGGUUUUGGAUCCUCCGGCUCUAUUGCGGCGGCUUUCGGCGGCUCUGCUUUCUUCUGCGCCAUUGACGCUAGUGGUCGCCAAGAGGUUAUUUGCUGGGGCAAAAACUAUUCUUCUCCUUCUUCUUCUUCCUCUUCCUCCUCUUCUUCUUCUUCUUUAUCACUUGCUUCUUCCACUUCCCAAAGUUACAACAUUCCGUCCAUGGCGCUUCUCUCAGGUGGGAACGGGUUUCUCUGCGGCAUUUUGUCGAACACAUCUCAAGCAUUCUGUUUCAGUUCCCUUGGAUCAUCUUCAGGUAUGGAUCUUGUCCCUCUCGCUUACCGGACUACUGCUUACUCUCAGAUCGCUGCUGGAAACAGCCAUGUCUGUGCAGUUCGAGGAGCUUACUAUUCCGAUCACGAUUCCGGGACCGUCGAUUGUUGGGAGAUUACGAGAGCUACGAAUAACAGCUUGAUCGCCAAAGAGAAUCCAAAGUUCUAUGAUCAGAUUGUUAGUAAUCUCGUCUUCAACAAGAUCGUCUCUGGUGAUGGGUUUAGCUGUGGUGGGAUCAGAGAAGGUGGGCUGCUCUGUUUUGGCCCCAAUUCUUCUACUUUAGGGCUCAACACAACUUCGGAAAACUUCCAAGUCUUAGCCGCCGGGAAAAACUCUCUCUGCGCGAUUCUAAACUCGUCUCGGGAGGUCAAAUGUUGGGGAGACGAUGAAUCUUUCGUCAAUUCACCGAGUGAUGAUUCUCGAUUCGUUGCUUUAACCGCAGGUCCUCGACAUUUCUGCGGAAUCCGUGAGGAUAAUCACGAGGUCGAGUGUUGGGGAAACUCUAAUUUCUCGUUGAUUCCAAAAGGUUCUGGAUUUAAGGCAAUUGCUUCGUCUGAUUUCAUCGUUUGUGGUAUAAGAGAAGAGGAUCUUGUUCUUGAUUGCUGGUUGGUUAACGGCUCAUCAACAUUAGCAUAUGAUCCUCCAUUAGAGCUGUGUAGUCCAGGGAUGUGUCGGGCUGGUCCAUGUAACGAAAAAGAGUUUGCUUUCAACGCAAGUAUCCUCAACGAACCUGACCUAACGAGUUUGUGUGUAAGAAAAGAGUUAAUGGUCUGUUUACCUUGCGGCUCGGAUUGCUCUCAUGGAUUCUUCUUGUCUAGCUCGUGCACCGAGAACUCGGAUCGGAUCUGCACGCCUUGCUCGCUCUGUCAAAACAGUUCUUGUUCUGAUAUUUGUAAGCUUCACAACCACAGUUAUCCGGAUAAGCAUUGGCAUCAACUACAAAGACUUGCUCUCAUCAUCGGCUCUUGCGCAUCGGCUCUGUUGAUCAUCACGAUCGGUUGCUGCGUCGUGCCACGGAUUGUCACUAGUCCUAACAAAGAAGAAGGUACAACGAGUCAAUUCAAAUCUUGCAUAGGAAAGGUGGAUUUGGACACCGAGCCACUUGAAAUGAUCUCCCCUGCUCCAUCGGUAACGCCUUUCGCUCAAGUGUUUAGACUCUCUGAGCUUAAAGACGCAACAAACGGGUUUAAAGAGUUCAACGAGUUAGGCAGAGGAAGCUACGGGUUUGUCUACAAAGCCGUGUUAGCGGACGGAAGGCAAGUAGCGGUUAAGAGAGCAAACGCAGCGACGAUAAUUCACACAAACACUAGAGAAUUCGAGACGGAAUUAGAGAUUCUCUGCAACAUUAGGCAUUGCAACAUUGUGAACCUACUCGGUUACUCUACCGAAAUGGGAGAGAGGCUUCUUGUUUACGAGUACAUGCCUCACGGUACGCUUCACGAUCAUCUACACGGAGGGUUUUCGCCGUUGAGUUGGAGCUUACGGGUUAAAAUCGCUAUGCAAACCGCAAAAGGUCUUGAAUACCUUCACGUCGAAGCUGACCCGAGGAUUGUUCAUGGGGAUAUGAAGUCUUCGAAUGUGCUUUUGGACUCGGACUGGGUCGCGAGAGUUGCGGAUUUCGGGCUCGUGACGUCGUCGAACGAGAAGAAUUUGGAUGUCAAAAGAGAUGUUUACGACUUUGGGGUUGUGUUGUUGGAGAUUUUAACCGGGAGGAAGCGUUACGAUAGGGAUUAUGAUCCGCCGGAGAUUGUUGAAUGGACGGUUCCGGUGAUCAGAGAAGGCAAAGCGGCGGCAAUUUUGGAUAAGUAUAUUGCGUUGCCGAGAAAUGUGGAGCCGUUGUUGAAAUUUGCUGACGUGGCGGAAUUGUGUGUGCGGGAGGAUCCUAGUCAACGACCAACGAUGUCGGAACUUGUGAACUUGUUGGAACAGGUCGCGAGAGAUUGACUGAUCUUCUAGUUAUUUUUUCUUUUUUUUUUUAAUUUUCCUUUUAUGUGAGUGUUAUUUAUUCUUUAAUUUUUGAUUUGUUGUGAAAUAUGCAAAGGUGUUAUUUCCUACAUGAUUAAUUACACUUUUCUAA